CUUACCAUGUGUAGCAAGCUCAUCGUUGUCGCCGCCCUCGUGGCUAUGGCUGUCGCCCGCCCUGAAGAUACUCCUGGGUAUGGGUACUCUGCCCCAGCAUCUGGUUCUUCGCCCGCUCAGUACGACUUCAACUACGCUGUCAAGGAUGACUACUCCAGUAACGACUUCGGCCACCAGGAGGAUCGCGAUGGUUAUGGUGCCCAGGGUUCCUACUACGUCCUCCUUCCCGACGGCCGUCUGCAGAAGGUCACCUACUCCGUCAACGGCGACUCCGGCUUCGUAGCCGAGGUCAGCUACGAGGGAGAGGCCCAGUACCCUGCUGAACAGCCUGCCUACAACCCUACUCCUUCAUAUGCCUAAACGGACUUUUAGUUCAAAUUAUGAUUUUAUUUAUUGGGACUUGUAACAGCAUGUAUUAUAAAUUAUUAAAGACUUUUGCAGAA